AUGGUCGCCAUUUCAACGGAGUAUACGGGAAUUUUUCCUGUGCUGAAUGAGGACAAAGGAGACACCAGCACCACUGCUGAAGAGAUUCCCAGUGAGCUACUGGAAAAAGCCAAAAACUAUGUGUCUAUCAAAGGCUAUGACCUCGUUGUGUUUCUACAAGUUGUCUGGGCCCUCACUCUCAAACAAUAUAUCGACACCGAGCUCUUCUCAUUUGCGCUCGGUCAAACUGAAGGGACUGAACUUGCUCUCAAGAUAUCUCAGGUGUCUGUCACCCCCGAGGAUCUGAUCGAAGAUCUUUGGAAAAAGGUUGAGCUGCUGGAUUACCCUGACGAUUCGUCAGCGGACCAGACAAAGCAAAACACCGGCCUCCUGAUCUCAGGGGCGGCUUCUACAUCGGAUCCUGCCGCUUUGUUGAACGAGUUCAGAAAGCUUCAGAAAGAUUGUCAAGCUUUGCUCUCUUUGGUCGGAGACUCUCAGUCUCACCGUCUGGUUCUCAUCUACAACACAUCUCUGUUAUCCAGCUACCAGGCUGCGAAGGUUGUGUCGGAAAUUUCCCAAAUAAUAUUGGAACUCUUGCAAGGUCACAGUCAGACCGUUCGCCGGAUACGCCUAUCAAGUUCGUCCAACGCUGGCUCUGAUUCUGACUGGCAUGGUAGUCAAGGGUCACUGCGAACUCCCAGCCCAGAUGUUUCUGACAGCAACGACAGUGAGAACUCACUGCAAACUCACAGUCAUGUUCCGUCUGUUCUUGAAGCUAUCAGGGCAAAGACCAUUGAGCAGCCAGAUGCUACAGCAAUCUGUGCGGCUGAUGGAGAAUUGACGUAUGCUAAGCUGGACGCGACAAGCACUCAAUUGGCAUUUCACUUGCGUGGUCUAGGAGUUGGCCCAAACGUGAUGGUACCGCUCUUGUUUCAUCGGUGUCAGUGGGUCAUCGUCGCCCAGCUGGCAGUUCUCAAAGCUGGCGGCGCAUUUGUGCCUUUAGACCCUGUUCAUCCAGAUGCUCGUCUAAAGAACAUCAUCGGCCGUACCGAGUGCAAAUUUCUGCUUACAUCAGAGGUCUAUGCAGACCGAGGGUCGAUGAUAGCUGAUAACGUGAUAUGCGUGAGCCACAGUCUCGUCUCGGACUUGCCUCACGAUGAAAAUAUUGGUCACAACCUGCUGCCCCCGCCAUACCUAGACACCCCAGCAUAUGUGCUCUUUACCUCCGGGAGCACUGGUGAGCCAAAGGGUUGUGUCAUGCAACAUCGAGCAAUGGCGCAAAUACCCAACCAAAUCGGGGUCCAGUCUCUCGGUCUGUCGGCCAGCUCUCGUGUACUGCAGUUUACAUCGUAUGGAUUCGCCAUCUCCAUAUUUGAAAUCUACCAUUCCUUGUGUUUGGGAGCCACUAUCUGCAUUCCAUCCGAUCAUGAUCGCAUCAAUAGGCUAGUCGGUGCUAUGGAGGAGAUGAAGAUCACUUGGUCGAUCAUGACCCCAUCUUUAUUACGAAACCUCGACCCGAGUCUAAAGCCUCCCACAUUGAAAACCGUUCUACUGAGUGGCGAGCCAGUUUUCAAAGAGGAGUUUGAGGGCUGGGCUGCCGUUGUGGACUUGGUUCAGGUGUAUGGUGCAAGUGAAGGCUGUGGACCCCUCGGCUUCAUGAUCCCCCAACCCGACGCGGUGGCCUUCCGCCCACUUCCCAACUUGCGAUUCUGGGUUGCGGACGCCGUUGACCAUCACGAGCUUGCACCAGUUGGAGUUGUUGGUGAGUUGAUUAUUGAAGGGCCAUCGCUCGCGCAUGAAUACCUGAAUGAUCCUAUCACCACCUCCUCCGCCUUCAUCGAUGCUCCCUCCUGGCGAUUGUCCAAAUCCCAACUUGUCCCUCCUCCCAGAUCCCUCUACAGAACAGGAGAUCUCUUCCGCCAAAAUGAUGACGGUAGUGUUACUUAUGUUGCGCGGAAAGCACUUGAUGUCAAGAUUCGAGGGAAACGAGUCGACCUCAAGGAGGUUGAAUAUCAUGUGCGACAAUGCUGUCCGGAUGCCGUACGAGUGAUUGCGGUAGCUGUGACCCUAGCAGAUGCAAAGAAUAUCGUUUUGGCCGUUUUCCUCCAUUCUCCACGUUAUAUCCUCGACCAAAAACAAGAGUCUCUCGAUCUUUUCGCUUCUCUCUCCGAUCCCUUCCGUUCCGAGGUGCAGGUUAUUUGCGCAAAACUGGUUGAAGUAGUGCCAGAUCAUAUGUGGCCAGCCUUAUACAUCCCACUCGGCUCUAUUCCAAUGACCGUCACAGGGAAGGUCGACAUGAGGGUGCUCCGCAACAGUUUGCAGAAGGCCACUCGCCACGAGUUGGAGGCCUAUCGGCCAGCCGCGGCAGCUGAAAUGGUUGAACCUGUCACUGAGAUUGAGAAGUGUCUGCAUGGUAUAUUUGCUCAAGUUCUUGGGAUCAAUGACUCAAGUUUUGGGGUUCAUCACAGUUUCAUCAGCCUUGGAGGUGACUCCUUGUCAGCAAUGAAAGUUGUGAGCUUGUGCCAAACCAAGGGAUACCCCGAGUUGACCGUGGAAGAGGUUUUGCGUCACCAAACCAUCCAAAAGCUGGCACUAAUCCUGGAAAGACCGAUCGAAACGCAGUCGUCUUCCACGAUCCCUCCGCCACCCUUCUCUCUUCUUCCUGGGGUGGAUCAAAAUGAGACGAAAAACCUCAUCUCAUUCACAGCCGGGCAAUGCAAGGUUCCCACCGAAGCCAUACAAGAUAUAUACCCUUGCACGGCGCUUCAAGAGGGUUUGAUGAUUUCGACCAUCAAGGCACGGGACAUGUACAUUGCGCGUUGCAUCUUCGAUCUGACCGGUGGAAUCGACGUUGAAAAGCUCAAAGCUGCCUGGCAGGCAACAGUGGAUGCCAAUGUGAUGCUUAGAACCAGGAUUGUGCAGAGCCCAUCAGAAGGAAUGAUUCAGGCUGUCCUCUCCCAGGAUCAAUCGAUCAUCAAGUGGGCGAGCUUUGCAUCGGUCGAGGCCUUCCACAAAGAAGACAAGGCUUUAUCUAUGGGACCAGGUGACCCAUUGGUCAGAUUUAGCUUGAUCAGGGACCCUUCGUCCGAGCUUUCCCUUGGUGUUACAUUACACCAUGCUAUCUUUGACUUUUACUCGCUCGGCCUUUUGCUAGCACAGACACGGAGAGCGUAUUUCGGAGAGGCGCUUGAAUCAAACACCUUCAGCCCUUUUAUUCAAACAAUCCAGAAACAAGAUAUUUCAGCCAAGGAUGAGUUCUGGAAGACUACUUUCGCCGACCUUCAGGCGCCUGCAUUCCCAUCACUUCCCCACGAUCAGGCCGUGCCCGUGGCAACCGCGCACUUGGAACAGACAGUCACGCUCCCCCUCAAACAGGAUCUAACAUCACACUACUCCGAGGAUGUUGUGUUUGGAGUGACUGUUGCUGGACGAGCCACACCAACACCUGGUGUUGAAGAGAUGGCUGGGCCUACCAUCGCAACUGUUCCGUUCCGAGCACGUUGCCACCAGACCGACACGGUCGCAGAUGCUCUCUCAGCCAUACAAGCCCUCGCAAUCCGUAUGAUACCUUUCGAGCAAACAGGGCUGCAAAACAUUCGUCAAAUGAGCCCCGAGACAGCUUCAGCGUGCGAUUUCCAGAGCCAGUUGAUAUUCCAACAGCCGGAGCAGAUACACACUGACCAGAAAGCCUCUAUCAUGAAUGGCAAGACAGCCAAUUAUGGAUUGGAGGACUUUAGCGUAUUCAUCAACUACGCUAUUGGGUUGAUAUGCACACCAUCCGCCGGAAACAAGUCUCUCCAUCUCAACGUUCAUUUCGAUCGCAGUAUUGUCCCGGAGCCUAUGGCAAAUCGCCUAGUGAACCUGUUCGCAAUCACUCUGCAACAACUGUGUGCUGAUCAAAACCAACGCUUGGAACAGCUUAGUCUCGUCAGUCCCCAGGACUUGGACGUCAUGAAGACAUGGAAUGGGACUGUCCUGCCAGCGGAGCAUCCUCACACACUACAUGGGCUGAUCUUGCAAAACGCGCAAAAAGAGCCUUUGGCGCCUGCUGUGUCCUCUUGGGAUCAAAGUCUCACAUAUCAAGGCCUGGAAGCACUUUCCAGUGACGUCGGUCACCAGCUCAUUCAAGCCGGGGUGAAGCCGGGUGAUCGCGUAGCUUUGUGCUUCGAGAAGUCUGUUAGGUCGGUUGUGAGUAUGCUGGCAGUGCUACGUGCCGGCGCAGUUGGAGUCAAUAUUGAUCCAUCACUCCCUCAAGCGCGAAUUACGGCAAUUCUCGAGGUAGCAGAACCUUCUCUGGUUCUCACAUCGGCUUCAUCGCAACCCACAGUUCAGUCUGUGCAGGGCAGGCUUCCACUCAUUGAGGUUCCUUCUCAAACACCAGCCAUGACCCCGACAGCCGAUAUAAUCAAGCGGACACAAUGGCCGUCCGUAAAGCCUGAAGACGUGGCUUUCAUGAUCUUCACAUCGGGAACGACUGGAACGCCCAAAGGAAUCGUGCUUGAGCAUCGCCAUUUUGCCACAGCCUUUUACCACCAUCGCGAACCACUGGGUGCAUAUGCUGGCAUGCGAUCCUUGCAUUUCUGCAGCUAUGCUUGGGACAUGAGUCUCCAAGAGGUCUUCUUCACCUGGGUCUAUGGAGGUUGUCUCUGCAUCCCAUCUGAAACGCAACGGAUGUCUAAUCUGGCUGGCUUCAUCCGAGAGCACCGGGUCAAUUGGGCUACUAUGACCCCUUCGGCUUUGUCGAUUCUCGCCCCCGACGAGGUACCCGGUCUGACUACAAUGCUCGUGGCCGGUGAGAAUGUCCCCAUCGAGUUGAUGGAGACUUGGUCGUCUCGUCUACGCAUGAUCAAUGGAUAUGGUCCGGCGGAAGCUUUCACAUGUGCUGCCGGUCAAAUUGAGCCCAGUAUGCAUUGUCUGGGUCGUAUCGGAUCGAUGGUAGGAACAGCGGGAUGGAUUACACUCCCAAAUGAUGUGAGUCGCCUGGCCCCGCUUGGAUCCAUCGGAGAGUUGCUUCUCGAGGGCCCAAUGGUCAGUCGCGGGUACUUCAACGAGGCGAAGAAGACUCUUGAGGCGUUCAUCGAAGCUCCAGAAUGGCUGAAAGCCCUUCGACCCGACGGUGCUACUGGGCGCGUCUAUCGCACUGGAGACUUAGCACGCUUCGAUGAAACUGGAUCCCUGCAUUAUGCGGGCAGAAAAGAUACUCAAGUGAAGCUUCGAGGACAGCGUAUUGUUUUGGGUGACAUCGAACACCAAGUUCAGCUUCACUUUACCUCGGCCCAGCAGGUCGUGGCUGAAGUCAUCCACCCCCGGCAUUCGGCCUCAGCUUUGCUUGUCGCGUUCAUUUACCAAGGCCCCAGCGAGAGCAAUGAGGAUCAACAUCGGCUCCUUCAAGAUCCAGAUGAGCUCUUCCUCCAACACAGUGCGUCGGUGAUUUCAACACUUCAAGAUGCACUCCCUGUCCACAUGAUCCCCAUGGCCAUGUUCCCGAUCCAACGUGUUCCUCACAGCACGACAUUGAAAAUAGAUCGCCGCCAGUUGAGAGAGCAGGCUGAGAAGCUGACUCCUGAUCAGCUCCAGUGCUAUACAGUGGGAGGACACAGAAGCAACGCCCCGAAACAGUCCCCUGAAACCCCUUCUGAGGUGAUGUGGCAAGGACUGUGGGCAGAAGUUCUGUCAAUCCCAGCGGACUCCAUUGGGCGGGACGAUCAUCUGUUCCGCAUGGGCGGUGAUUCUAUCGCGGCGAUCAAGCUGGUGGCUUUCGCGCACCGGGAAGGAUUGGCCCAUAUCACAUUCCAGGAUGUCUUCAAACAUCCUCGUCUGAGGGAUAUUGCCGCAGUAUCUACUGUCUCCACCGCGGUCCCAACUUCCAUCCAGGACAACUCAGGGCCAGAACCAUUUGCUCUGAUCAAGGAUGUCGACACAUUGAUGCAAACGGCGAGCGAGCAAUGCGGUGUUCCUGUCGACAGCAUCCGGGAUAUAUAUCCAUGCACUCCCCUUCAGGCUUCGCUGAUUGCGUCCACCUUCCACCACCGUGACGCUUAUCUUUUGCUGCAGUCUUAUACUCUGGCGGACGGCAUUGACAUUGAGCGUUUGAGAAAUGCGUGGGAAACCAUCGCAGAAGCUCAUACUAUUCUUCGAACACGCAUUUUCCAGACCUCAAACGGUGCCGCCUAUCAAGCUGUUUUGGGGAGUGGACUGGAGUGGUCACAAUUGGAUACGGACAAUUCAACUGAUUCUCAGCCUAUUGUAGGCUUGGGUACACCUCUCAUCAGACUGACACUAUCUCCAAACCAAUUGCUUCUUUCCAUUCACCACACACUAUACGAUGGGUGGUCCUUGCCAUUGCUGGCCAGCGAAGUUCAAAAGGCGUAUAGUGGCCACCAUGUCCAGCCACCAGUGCAAUUUAACCAAUUCAUGGCACAUGUCGAGGGCACAAUGGAAUCAGCAGCCUCGUUUUGGAGGAAGGAGCUACAAGAUGCUGAUCCACUCCACUUCCCAAUUUUACCCUCCCUGGACUACCGACCUAAGCCCAAAUGCUCAAUUGAAAAGACCAUCACUUUCCCUGAAGCCUCGACGCUGCACAACGCAACAGCGGCAUCCAAGAUCAAUUUGGCUUGGGCAUUGGUGAGUAGAACAUACACCAAUAACAACGAUGUAAUCGUCGGGGUGGUCUCGUCAGGGCGAACAGCCCCAGUCGCAGGGAUCGAGGGCCUACUGGGGCCUACGAUCGCAACCGUGCCCCUGCGCAUUCGGGUGGAUCCCGGUCAGAGGGUGUUUGAAGCCUUGGAGAUGGUUCAAGCGAAUUUUGCAAAGCAGACGGCAUUUGAACACUUUGGCUUGCAGCUCAUAAGCCAGCAGGGUGCAAACGCAGCUGCGGCAUGCCAGUUCCAAACCUUGAUCACGGUACAAUCAAAGCAGCCCGGCGACCAGGAUUCUAUCGGAAAGGAGGCUUGGUACCGCCACGAGGAGAUCCUUUCUGAUAUCAACCAGUUCAGCAGCCAUGCGCUGAUGCUUCAAUUCCUGUCUUCCCCAGGAGGGUCCGCCCUUGAAGUCACUGCUACAUUUGACCCUGAUGUCCUACCACAGGCUCAAAUGCAGCGAGCCCUCGUGCAAUUUGAAUAUUUCUUGAUGCAGAUUCAGGAUAUUGAGGAUACCCAAGCAACCACGGUGAGAGACUUGAAAGUCAUCAGCUCGCAGGACUUGGAAGACAUGGUAGGCUGGAACCACUUGCCAUCACCGGCAAAUGAUGAUGUUGGCCCGUGCGUCCACGACUUGGUUCACGAAAAAUGCCAAAGCCAACCCGAUGUCCAAGCCAUCCACGCGUGGGAUGGAGAUUUCACCUACAAUGAGCUGGAUCGCCAUGUCUCACAACUGGCCAGUCACAUUCAAGCCUUUGAUGUCGUGCGUCCGGAUACAUUUGUCGCCCUCUACUUCGAAAAGUCACGAUGGACCGUGGUGGCCCAACUGGCUGUUCUCAAGGCUGGAGGGGCUUUCAUUAUGUUUGAUCCCUCUCACCCGAUCGAUCGCCUCCGGGAAGUUUGCGGUUCUGUUCAGCCCCCCCUAAUCUUGGCCUCAGAAAACCAGCAAGGUUAUGCCUCUGGUGUCUUCGACGUACCAGUUGUGGGAGUUGGUCAUGGUCUUUUGAAAGAAGGAUCACCAUGUCUCGAUUGCCACAAGAGUUGUGUCAAGCCCAGUAAUGCAAUGUAUGCCAUUACCACCUCCGGCACUACUGGCAAACCCAAAGUGGCGGUGGUUGAACAUCGAUGUUUCCUCGCCAACAAUGAACCGAUGAUCGACAUGCUGGGUCUGGCUUCGGACUCUCGGGUUUUCCAAUUUGCAGGAUACAGCUUCGAUCUCAUGGUGGCAGAGCACAUAUCUACCCUGAUGGUAGGUGGAUGUAUCUGCAUUCCCUCCAAAUUUGAUCGCGAUAAUUCCUUGGACGAGACAAUUACCAAGAUGAAUGCCAACUGGGUAAUGUUGACUACAUCGGUCGUUCAAUCACUCUCACCCAACACUGUGCCCACAAUAAAGACCAUGGUGCAGGCCGGAGAGCCCAUGAACCAGGGAAUCGUUGACCGAUGGGCGUCUCAUGUGCGUUUGAUAAACGGGUAUGGUCCAGCCGAAUGCACCAUCAUCACUUGUAGCAACAAGGAUGAUGGCACAAACACCAGCCCUAACAUCAUCGGCCGCGCCAAAAGUUCUGCGACUUGGAUCGUUGAUCCGGAGACUAUGGAUCUCGUCCCUAUCGGUUCCGUGGGAGAAUUGAUCGUCGAGGGUGAAAUCGUCGGCCGUGGCUAUAUGAACGAUCCAGAAAAAACCGCAGCCGCCUUUGUUCCCAGACCCAGAUGGCUAAGCCAUCUCAGAGCAAAUGUCAGCGAUAAACCAGUCUAUCGCACAGGCGAUCUGGUGAAAUACACAGCAGAUGGAUCCAUUUGCUAUGUCCGACGCAAAGACCUUCAGAUUAAGCUCCGGGGGCAGCGAUUGGAACUCACAGAUGUGGAGCAUCAAGUUCAGCGGUGUUUCCCAGAUGCCCUCCAGGUUGUGGCAGCUGUGACUUCUCUCAAAUCCAACGCCGCUCUGGUUGCCCUAGUCUUGACCUCAUCUGCUUCAGCUCAGCAAUCGGCUGAUACCGACGUCCUCCUACCGGCGACCAGCAACUCCAGCUUCUUCAAAGACGCACAAACCGCUGAAUCUGCCCUUCAAGAACGAGUCCCUUCAUAUAUGGUGCCUACUAUUUUCCUCCCCUUGUCUCGAGUUCCGAGAAAUGUCAACGGAAAGCUUGAUCGGCGUCAGAUAAAUUCACGCCUAGCUUCUCUUACCCGACAAGAGCUUGACGCCUACAAUUCUUCCUCCGCUGUCCUCAACCCCCCAGAGAACGACCUUCAGCGUGAUAUUCGUGCCAUCUGGGCCGUUGUUCUCAGCAUCGAUCCUGAGGAGAUUAGCAUUGAUCACAGCUUCUUCCAAAUAGGUGGUGACUCAAUCACCAGCAUGCAGGUGGUUGCUCAAGCGAAGAACGCAGGACUCUUCAUGAAUAUGCAAGAUCUUUUCAAGUACCGGACAAUUGGGCAACUUGCGGGCCAUAUCAGCCAAAUGACUCCCCAAGGCGGCGCUGAGGUGAAUCGGCCGGAACAAUUGGAGAUCUUUGAUAAGGCCGUCGAUCUGUCUCCUAUUCAGCAGAUGUAUUUUGACUUUGCCCCCGAGAACCCAAAUCUCUUUGUUCAGAGCCUCAUGCUGCGACUGGGAAGGGCCGAUCUCGAUGGUCAGACUAUCACUCGGGCUUUCGAUGCCGUGGUAGAGACCCAUUCGAUGCUCCGGGCCCGUUUCAAACAAUCACCUGACGGCAAAUGGACCCAGAGCAUUCCAAGAAACACAAAUGGCGCGCACUACCACUACCACGACUUUGGUAUCCAUUCCCAAAAAGAGAUGGAAUCUCUUUGUCGUGGUAAACAGCAGACCUUGGAUAUCCAACAUGGGCCUUUGUUCAUUGUAAAUAAAUUCGAACGGCAUGAUGAUGGAACCCACUGGCUGAAUCUCAUGGCUCAUCAUCUUAUCAUCGAUCUUGUAUCUUGGAGAGUCAUUCUAGCCGACCUCGAGCAGAUAUUGACCACAGGCUCGGCGCCGACAGUACCCGCUAUAUCAUUCCUGAAUUGGUGUGAACUCCAGGCCGAUUAUGCAACUCGCUCUCUCCCUGUCAUUCAGGAGGAAGAUGACCAGAGCACCAUAGCAUACUGGGGAGAUGAUGUGAUUAACCACAACACUCAUCAGGAUGCUGACACUUACAUGGCCAUCGUCGAUAAGGAGACCAGCCGACUUUUGCUGAGCAUUGCCAAUGAUCCUUUGGCUACACAGCCAGUGGAUAUCAUUCAAGCUGCCGUGUUGCAUUCAUUUGUUCAACUCUUUCCGGACCGGUCAGCCCCUAUGAUCUUCUCUGAGGGGCACGGUCGUGAGCCAUGGGAACCCACAAUCGAUAUCACCCGAACUGUCGGCUGGUUUACCACCAUAUGGCCCACUUUGGUAGCCUUGGAAGCAUCCGAGGGGAUGGUAACUGCUCUUCGGCGAACCAAGGAUGCCCGUCGCAGUACCCCAGCUAACGGGUGGGAGUACUUCACCUCAUGCUUCCUUCAUCCACACGGCCCAAAGAAGAAGAGAGCAAUGGAGAUCAUUCUGAAUUAUCAAGGUCGAUAUCAGCAGCUGGAACGCUCUGAUGCAUUGCUGCAACUCGACACAACCAAUCGCUUUGGCGAAGGGAGUGAAGUUGAGGAUAUGCCUCGGUUUUCGCUGCUGGAUGUGUCCGCGCAAGUAAUUGAUGAAUGUCUGCAUCUGCAGUUCCACGUUAACCGCCGUAUGAAGCAUCAAGAUCGUCUUCAGCAGUGGGCAGGGAAAUGUGCGGAAUCCUUGCGCGAGGCAUGUCUCCAACUCUCCACAAUGCAAGGCUGCUACCGAACUGCUUCUGAUUUCCCUCUACUUUCCGGUCUUCACUCCGAUCAGGUAGAUCAGUUUAUGACGGACUUGACCCCCAAGAUUGACAACCAGACGGUUGAGGCCAUUUAUCCGACCUCUCCGAUUCAGCGUGGAAUGCUCAUGAGCCAGGCACGCAACCCGCAGCAUUACCAGCAUGUAGUCAGGUGGAAAUUACUUCCUACCGACUCGGCUGCCGGCGUCUCCAUUGAUAUUGAGGAGCUUGGUCGAGCAUGGCAGCGGGUGGUUGAUCGCCAUCCUGGUCUUCGAACAGUCUUCUUGGAGAUAUCGGAUGAAGGAACCGCCCAUCAGGUUGUGUUGAAAGGUGUCUCGGCAGCGAUAUGGCACGGUACUGAACUGCCCCAGCGCGAUGGCGUUUUAACUCCUCCUGCAUCGGCACUUCACCUGGAGACUUCAGCAGAAGGACACAUUAUGCUGAAUCUCAAAAUCACCCAUGCCCUCUUUGAUGGACACUCCGAGCGACUCCUGAGGCGUGAUCUGGCUCUGGCAUACGGGAAUGAUCUACCACUCGCCCCCGCACCGUCCUAUCAAGAUUACAUUGCAUAUUUGCAUGGACGAAUGUCGUCUGCCAACAAUGACGAAGCCUACUGGUGCAGCUACUUGAAUUCCUUAUCGCCUUGCCUGUUCCCUCGGCUUCUAGGUGAUGCAGAGACUGAUCAGACUCAUGAGGCAAACGAGGAGUUUGAGUCCUUCAAGAUCGAUCUGAGCUCAACCGCCACUGUGGAUGAGUUCUGCGAGAAGCAUGGGAUUGCACUAACUACCGUGUACCAUAUUGUCUGGGCAAUUGUGUUGUCAUGCUAUACUGGCACAGCAGAUGUAUGUUUUGGGUACUCGGUCAGCGCGCGAAGCGCUCCUGUCCCUGGGAUCCAAGAUAUGUUUGGUCCUGUCAUCAACACGCUCAUAGGGAGAUUGCAUCUGCAGCCAGACGCUCCCUUGUUGUCAGUGCUCCAGGAAUAUAACGACGAUCAGCUCAACAGCCUCGUUCACCAGCAUCAUUCCCUGGGAGAUACACUCAAUGGAAUUGGUGCUUCGAGCAGCGAGCUGUUUAACACUGCCAUCUCCGUUCAGGAUCGGCGCAGUCGCCAUGCAGAAAGUAACCCCUUAUCAACUAUCAAUGUGGUUGACGCUGGCACGGAAGAUCGUUCAGAGUACCCUCUGACUCUAAAUGUUGCAGUCUUUGAGGAGACCACAAAAGCCCUCUUUUCCUAUCACAAAUCAUUCCUCGCCCCGAAGUACGCGAUGGCAAUCGGAGAGACCUUUGCGCAUGUUAUGUUGCAAGUGCUUUCUCAGCCGUGUCGACCUAUCUGUGAGAUCGAGGCACUCAACGACUCGCAGAGGACCAGCAUUGAGAAUCGUAACGGUUUUGUUCCAAAGACUGUGACAACCCUUGUUCAUCAGACAAUCGAACAGCGGUCUCUCGAGCAGCCCACUGCUCAAGCCGUUUGUGCCUGGGAUGGUGACUUCACGUAUGAGGAGCUGGAUCAGCUGUCCUCCGCCCUUGCAGAGGAAUUGAUCAAUCAGGGCGUUGGUGUUGAAACACCGGUUCCUCUUUAUAUGGAGAAAACUCGUUGGACGCCUGUGGCAGUUCUGGGAGUAAUGAAGGCUGGUGGCACAUUCGUUCUCUUGGAUACCUCUCAUCCCUCUGCCAGACUUCGCGCCAUCUGUGAAGACACUCAGUCUCCUCUUGUUCUGGCAUCGUCAUCUUUGAUUUCCAAAGCAGGUGAUCUCUCUCCUUGCGUAAUUGAGAUCGGGGACCGACUGCUCGCAGCUAGGGCCCAUACCGUUCGCACGCCAACCGUCGCGGUGAAUGAGAGUCAUGCGGCAUACAUUGUCUUUACCUCCGGCUCGACUGGAAAGCCCAAGGGUAUCGUUGUCGAACACUCCUCGCUCUCCACCUCCCUUCAAAAUACGAUGUCACGCUGCAACAUCACUUCAACAUCCCGCAUGCUCCAGUUCGCAUCACAUGCUUUUGAUGUCUCUGUGUGUGAUUUGCUCAUUGCCUUGGCAGCCGGCGGAUGUGUCUGCAUCCCUUCGGACGAGGAACGUACUGGCGGUAUUACCAGCGCAAUGAAACGAAUGAGAGUGAAUUGCUCGGUUGUCACUCCUACUGUUGCCCGGUUGUAUGAUUUCAACGAGCUGCCUGGCUUUGAAUCUCUAAUUCUCGGAGGUGAAGCUAUCUCUGUCGCAGACUUAACGGCUUGGCAUGGAAAGGCACAGGUUUUCGUUGCUUACGGUCCUGCUGAAUCGACUAUUAUCAGCACCUUGACCGAGCGCCUGACCAUGAAUAGCAAUCCUCGAAACAUUGGAACCGGUAGCGGCGCAGUUCCAUGGGUCAUGGACCGCAACAAUUCCUGUCGUCUGGCUCCCGAUGGGGUGGUAGGGGAGCUCUUGUUAGAGGGACCGAUCGUUGCUCGCGGAUAUCUAAACAAUCCGCAAAAGUCCUCGACAUCUUUUGUCAAGCCUCCGGCUUGGCUGGCUGCUCUUCGGGAGGGUGGGCCUCCUGUGCGACUGUAUAGAACAGGGGACUUGGUGCGAUAUGCCGAGGAUGGCUCACUCGUUUUCAUCGGUCGCGGUGAUGAUCAGGUCAAGAUUCGCGGCCAGCGGCUGGAACUCGGUGAAGUUGAAGUGCAAGUCACUCGCGCAUUCUCUGGGGACCACGUCCUUGUCGAGUUCGUGAAGAACUCAGACUCCGCCGUCUUGGUUGCAUAUGUGGUGCAAAGCGACAACGAAGGGUCUUCAAGCGAGCUCCAUGGUGCUCUCCUCCAGCCACCUUCAAAGGCCUUUUAUGACCGCACGCGCACUGCAGUGUCUCUGCUACAAAAGGCCAUGCCAUCAUACAUGAUUCCUAGCGCCUUCCUUCCCUUGGCCAUGUUGCCAAAGGGCCCAACAGGCAAGACAGAUCGCAAGCGUCUGCGAGAACAUGCCGCUUCCAUGUCGCAAACCGAGCUUGACGCCUACAGCGUGAUCGCCAUGUCGAGACGAACUCCUUCAACACCUCUGGAAGCCCGUCUCCAAGAGCUUGUAGCGCACACGCUAAACAGAUCUCCCUCUGAUAUUCCUUUGGAGGAAGAUUUGUUCCAGAUCGGAAUGGACUCUAUGAAGGCGAUGACUCUGGUAGCAGCAGCCCGUCGAGCUACUGUCUAUUUCUCGGUGCAGAUGCUUUUCCAGCACCCGCGCUUAUCCGAGCUGGCUGUUGCACUUGAGGAGAAGCAAGAUGUUGUUCGAACCCCAGUCCAGCCAAGUCCUUUACUAGAGUUUGCAGAUGAGAUUUGCGCGGAGUGGGACUUCGAUCGAAAUGAUGUGGCUAACAUCGUCCCCGCCACUUACUUCCAGCGGAACGCGGUACAGACGCAAUAUAUUGGUCAUGUAACCGUGCACUUUUUCAAAUCACCCGAUCUGGUGAGGCUAAAGGGUGCUUUCAUUGCCACAUUAGAGAGGCAUUCAGUGCUGCGAACGGCCUUUGUUCCAUUCAAAGACACAUUUGUACAAGUCGUUCUUCGCCACCUCGAUCUGACGACCGAAGAGACCACCACUGAGGAUGAUCCCAUGGAAGUUGUACAAGCAAUCAGCCGUGCGAACUCUAGUCACCCGAUUCCUUUCGGGAAGCCCGGUCUGCAUCUACUCAUGGUCGAGGGAAGAGGUCGUGUUUCUAUCUCGUUGAGGUUGCACCAUGCUCACUUCGAUGGAAUGUCGAUAUAUCAUCUUCUCAAUGAGGCCGCUGCACUCUACACCAAUCCGAAGUGUGCUUUCCCUUACAGGUUAGACUACUCCGACUUCAUUGCUCAUCGUGUUCAACGGACCACUCCGGGGACUUUCCAAUUCUGGCGCGAUAUGCUCCAGGGCUCUUCGAUGACAUAUCUUGGUCAAGAUGACGGCAUGGAUCGUCCCGAUCGAUCGCGCGUGGACCUUCUGGUGACUAGCUCGGGUGUAAUGCCUUUGCCUGAUGUUCAGAAUGGUAUCACCGUCGCCACUAUCGUCAAAGCCGCUUGGUCACUGUGUCUCGCGCAAUAUGCACACUCCGAAGAUGUGGUUUUCGGCCAGCUGUCCACGAACCGCGCGAUGGACAUCGAAGGAGUUGACUGCAUGAUAGGCCCGGGUGUAAACUACGUCCCUGUUCGAGUUACUUUGCAGUCAGACUGGACUGCAAAUGAUCUUUUCCAAUGCGUCCAGGGGCAACAUAUCCGUGCAAUGUCGCAUGACACGGCGGAUUGGGAUGAACUCGUGGCUCAAAGCACCUCUUGGCCUGAGAACACGCCGGUUGGGACUGGAGUUCACUACUUGGCUGCACCUCCACUUUGGAACCAUGAUUAUGAAUUUGCUGGAGAAAUACCAGCCCGGAACGAAAUCAUCGAUGCCAAGAUGGGACAUACUUACCCCAUGCUAAUGUGUGUUCCACUUCCCGCGGGAGAAGACGGCCAACCCAUGCUGGGUAUGUCGCUUUCUAGUCCAACCAUUGGUCAACAGGUCGCGGAUGAGCUAGUCUCACUUUUCCGAGAGACGGUAGCUCACUUGGUCACUCAACCAGAGGGCUUGGUUUUCCCUGCUCAAUCUCAAUAA